UCGUGCCCCUGAGGCUUUCCCCGCUCCCGCCCGCGCUCCCCAACAUGGCGCUGGCGGCGGCCGAGCGGGGCCGCGGCUGCCUCGGGGCGCUGCGCCGGCUGCAAUGGAACCAAGUACAAAUAUUUGUGAAAUGGGCCUCAACAAUAGGAGGUCACAGCAUAGGGAAGAUCCUUAUUGCAAACCGAGGAGAAAUCGCCUGCAGGGUGAUGCGAACAGCCAAGAAAAUGGGGGUGAAGUCUGUGGCAGUUUAUAGUGAAGCAGACAAGAAUUCCAUGCACGUAGCAAUGGCAGAUGAAGCUUAUUGCAUUGGUCCACCACCCUCACAGCAGAGUUACUUGGCCAUGGAGAAAAUACUGCAGGUGGCCAAGGUCUCAGCAGCACAGGCUAUUCAUCCAGGUUAUGGUUUCCUCUCGGAAAACACAGAGUUUGCAGAGCUGUGUAAGCAACAGGGAAUCAUCUUCAUAGGUCCUCCUUCAUCUGCUAUCAGAGAUAUGGGUAUUAAAAGCACUUCCAAAGCUAUAAUGUCUGCUGCUGGCGUUCCUGUUGUUGAAGGUUAUCAUGGAGAAGAUCAGUCUGAUGAGUGUCUAAAGGAACAUGCCAGGAGAAUUGGAUACCCAGUAAUGAUUAAAGCUGUCCGUGGGGGUGGAGGAAAGGGCAUGAGGAUUGCUCAUUCAGAAAAGGAGUUUCUGGACCAACUAGAAUCAGCAAGGAGAGAAGCAAAGAAGUCUUUUAAUGAUGAUGCAAUGCUGAUUGAAAAAUUUGUAGAUAAUCCAAGGCAUGUUGAAGUCCAGGUGUUUGGUGACCAGCAUGGCAAUGCAGUGUAUUUGUUCGAAAGAGACUGCAGCGUGCAAAGGAGACAUCAGAAAAUCAUUGAAGAGGCACCAGGGCCAGGAAUUAGUCCAGAGGUUCGGAGGAGACUUGGAGAAGCUGCUGUCAAAGCAGCUAAAGCAGUGAAUUAUGUGGGAGCAGGAACAGUCGAAUUUAUUAUGGACUCCCAACAUAAUUUUUACUUCAUGGAGAUGAAUACCAGGCUGCAAGUAGAGCACCCAGUUACAGAGAUGAUCACUGGAACAGACUUGGUGGAAUGGCAGCUCAGGGUUGCAGCAGGAGAGAAGAUUCCUCUAAUGCAGGAAGAGAUCCUGCUCCAGGGCCAUGCAUUUGAAGCUAGAAUAUAUGCUGAAGACCCUAAUAAUAACUUUAUGCCAGGAGCUGGGCCACUGUUGCACUUAUCUACCCCCCCAGCAGAUCGUUUCACCAGGAUAGAGACUGGAGUCAGGCAAGGUGAUGAGGUUUCUGUGCAUUAUGACCCCAUGAUUGCCAAGCUGGUUGUCUGGGCUGAGGACCGACAGGCAGCUCUCAGAAAGCUGCGCUACAGUUUGCACCAGUAUAAUAUUGUAGGAUUAAGCACUAAUAUUGAUUUCUUACUGAGCCUGUCAGGACACCCACAGUUUGAGGCUGGAAAUGUGCACACUAAUUUCAUUCCUCAACACCAUGAUGAGCUAUUUCCAACCAAAAAGGCAACUCCACAUGAAGUUAUGUGUCAGGCAGCUCUAGGGCUCAUACUGAAAGAGAAGAUGCUAACAGAGGCUUUUAGAGAUCAGUCAGAUGAUAAAUUCUCACCAUUUGCAUCCAGCACCGGUAGAAGAAUAAAUAUAUGUUAUACUAGGAAACUGUCUCUGCUGGAUGGGGAAAAUACUGUGGAUGUAGCUGUAAGUUACAAUCAAGAUGGGUCAUACAAAAUGCAGAUUCAAGAUAAAAUGUUCCUGAUUUCUGGAGAGAUCUUGAAAGAAGGUGAAUCACUUUACUUGAGGUCUUCAGUAAAUGGAACAAUGUCCAAGUCCAAGUUGGUCAUUUUGGACAACACCAUUUAUCUGUUCUUCCCGGAAGGCAGUGCUCAGAUUGGCCUCCCUGUGCCUAAAUACUUGUCUACAGUGAGUUCAGGGGCAGAGCAAAGUGGAGCUGUGGCGCCCAUGACAGGCACAGUAGAAAAGGUGUUUGUGAAGGCAGGGGAUAAGGUUCAAAUUGGAGACCCUCUAAUGGUUAUGAUAGCUAUGAAAAUGGAGCACACCAUAAGGGCUCCCAAGGCAGGAGUGAUUAAAAAGGUCAAUUUCCAAGAAGGUGCCCAGGCUAACAGACAUGCUCCACUCGUUGAAUUCAUGGAUGAAGAGGCAGAGUCAAAAUAAAAUUUAAGGAAGGUGCAUUUUAUUAUUUCUACUUCGCUGAUUUUCUCCCAGAAGAAGAUUUCUUCAUGUUUUCAGCAAACUGUUUUGUAUAAAUGGGGGAUUGUUUUCCUCUGCACUUCCUGCAUAGUUUGACUGUAAAUUAUGCUGACUUCACUGAAAUUUGGGUAUCACUAUACUGUAAUUGUAUUUAUAACCUGUGGACCUAUAUGAUUGUUGUCCAGGGGUGGUUUUCCUGUGGAAAGGCAUUAGACUGGAAGAAAAUGUGGAACUCUGAAAGGAUCAGAGAGGACUGUAAGGUACAGAGAGGUUGGGUUCUUCUGCCUACUUAUUCACAGCUGCCUUUUUUCCCUUAAAUAUGCGGGGAUUGAUUUAAAGGAAGUCUGAAAGACAGUUGUUCUAUUUUCUGGCAAAAUUCCUGUUUGUGGCUUAUGUUUUUGCCUUAAUAGGGAAUUUAGGAUUGUUGCUUAGCCCAGAAUCCCUCUCAGUCAUUUCUGGUGCAUCUAUUUUUCUUGUUUACCUCAAUGAGUUGUGAAAAUUUGCAUUUCAAAAUUAUUUUAAUAUACCUCAAAAUAUCUGAUACAAAGCAUUUUUCAAAUACAUUUGCUACAGUAAUCAAAGUUAAAAUGUAACUGCUUUCCAAAAAAUACCAUUUGAACUUUAAACAUGAAGAAGUAGCAUAGAAAUAUAAGCUUAUUUAAUACUUAAUUUGCCAAAAUACAAUACUGACUUCAAAAUCUUCAUUACUGUUACCAUAUUGUUAAUGUAUUUCUUAUUUGCUGUAAUGAAGUACACCACAGUCUUUAUAACAACAUGAAGUGUAGCUAAGAAUAAUAGAUUUUUUUGUAUUUUCAGGGUUCAGAAGGGAGAAUUGGAUAUUUCAGAUAUUCAAAGAAUUUGAAUUGGAAUUUUGGAUAUUCAAAGAAAAAGAAUUCUCAGACUAAACAUCCUGAUCAUUUGCCAUAAAUUUACUUUAACUUAUUUAACCAGCACCUUAGAGAAGAAAGGGAAAGAAAAAAUGUUUUAAUUGUUGCAAACUUUGAAAGUCUUUUCAUCUUUCAGUUAAUGGGAAGUUCUGUUACCAUAUGAAGUUUUGAUAUGCUAAUUUAAUUCAAUAAUCUUUUAUGCAGAAAGGAACAAUCAGAUGCUGCAGUGAUCCCAAACCUGUAGUUAAAUCUGUGCAAAUUAACCCUUACCUGAAAUCUCAUUUCUGAAUCAAUAUACAGUAUCACGGGGAAUUCUCUGAUCUGCUUUUAUAAUUGUGCAGCCUUGUCUGCAAUGCAGAAAAGAUGUGGUAAAAAAGCAAUGGCUCUGGAUGAUCGGUGUAUUUAAAGCAUAUUUUAAUACUUUUCAAUUUUCCUUCCAGUCCUAUGGUCACCUAGCAAAACUCCAGUGAUCAUCUUGUAGAAUAUUGCCACAGUCAUUUUUCUUUACUGCCAAAUAAAAAUUAAGCGUAACUUUGAA